AGCCAGCUAAAGAGCAGCAUCGGAAAUUGGACGAGAAAGAGCUUUUAGUAGUCCAGCAAGGUGGAUUGUACAAUGUUUCUAGCCAUGGCUUUUUCCUUCACAUCCCUCAAGACGCCUUCAAAGACAAGACGCAGAUAACAUACAAUCAUCCUMCAGAUGAUUCUCUUCCUUCUCCAGCUAAAGACAUGGAGGCUGUUGUGAGCUUCAUUGUGGAAUUAGGACCGAGUGAUGCCGUUCCUCUAAAACCCAUCACUAUCACGCUAAUGCACUCUGGGAUUGUAGGAGUAYCUGAAUAUGAAAACAUUGUAAUGGCGUUUGAUGCAAACACACAAACAUGGGAAGAAUUGCAAGAAAUCAAAGACAAAUCGUUGCUMCCCAUUCCCAUGGARGACAGYCCAGCAAGUUUUAUACAAGCACGUCUGACCAAACUGACUGCAGUAACAGUGGUUUCCAGACUAGUUACAGACUCAUUCGAGGUCCCUGUCAGCGGGCAACUUGUCAGGUCUUCCGUAUGUCAAGACGUCACMCUUCAGUUUCUUGAAGGAGCUGUUAAUAAACCCAUGCAGGGAAGAUUGAAGGUACUUCCUGCRUCCAGUGUUCUGCCAGAAGACAUGGCUAGUUUUUACCUUUCASCRAUGGUAAUUGUCGAUGGCUUCGAGGGAGUCCAUUUAUCYAAGUCCGCAAUUUUAACUUUCCCUCACCCUUGUCCAUCUCAACGAYCRGCGAGUCAAAUACACGUGAUGUGYUUCAARGAGAAYCAAUGGAAGGAAAUCACGGAAAGCGUGCAGUACUCGAAAAUAAGCGAAUCAAGGAUGGAGAUACGUAUCAACCAUUUUAGCAUAUUGCUGCUGUUGAUUGGUCCAGUGGCRAUUCCUCCCGCCUUUUACGCAGUUUACAAAUGGUGGAAUGCUCCUCAAGGUGCUCUAUUUGCUGUAUUUAAAAUGAAGGAUCUUGGAAACUGUAGGGAUAAAUUCAAGCUGACACUGUCAUGCUCGCCUUCUUACAUGUGGAAACAUCUAUAUGAAUAUUUUCCGAAGGAAUCAUAUAAAAUACUGGCAAGCGAAACAUCUACAAUGAAAGCAAAUGACGAAGCCUCUGUAACAGUUGAAGGUGAUUUCAUAUCCCGAAACGAUAACGUCAUUCUUAGGUUGGAAAGAAACGUUUGUCAAAAGGAGAUCAACCUCCAGAAAAGGCCUGAUAACAGGGAGAGMGAAGGAGACAUGGAAAUCAGGUUCCUGUCCAAAGAAGAUGGUAGAAAUCUCGGCCAGCUUACUGUAUAUGAAAGCCAGCUUGAACCCUUAAACAUGGGGAGUUUACGAUUAAGUAUCGACCCAAAUGAUGAACAGAGAGUCUACAGGAUGAGAAGUAGUCCAAGGGGUGUUUUAGUCAUUAUCAAUAUAAAAACCUUUGAACAUCCUCACCUGGAAAAUCGCGCAGGUUCAGAAACAGAUGUCAACGAUUUAAAAAACCUAUUUAUUAGAUAUUUGAAUUUCAAAUGUAUAGAUUUUGGAAAUAAUUGUCAAACACCAYUUCACAUUCUUACAAGAUUGAGAGAAAUAGCUGACAACGACGAUUAUCGAGUCUAUGAUAGCAUUGCGGUCUGCAUAUUGAGUCAUGGCGAAAAAGACUUCUUCUACGCUUCUAACGGGAGWACUGUAAGAGUUAAACAAGUUUAUACGAUAUUCUCAAACACCAGCUCAGCGGUUUUCAGAGACAAGCCAAAGUUGUUCUUCAUACAGGCAUGCCGUGGGACCUCAGGUCGUGAAAUCACCGUGCAAUCGGAUGCUCCUGACUACGACAUGUCGGAUCUACUUAUUGCCUACCCAWGCUGUCCUGGCUUCAAUGCAUUUCGAGAUAUUUUCUUAGGAAGCUUCUUCAUCCAAAGCAUUGUGAAAGUGUUCCGGGAAGACGCCCGUGAGCAUCACGUUGUAGAAAUGAUGAGCCGAGUCACGAGAGAGGUUAGAGCGAAAAUACGCGAGUUGUACCCUAGAAGUGAAGGCGCACAGGUGCCAGUGUACGAGUCGACAUUACUGAAGAAGCUGUACUUUUGGCCAGAAACGCCAUGACUUUCAAACAUUGUGGAAACGCAUUUUUGACGAUGGGUGUUUAUGUGAGAGCAAACCUGACCUUUUUCCAUGAAAACAUUGUAAUAAAAAUGAAACUAAA